AGCACCAAAUCCAAGCCAUCAAAACAAAGGGAAACAUUUUAAUAACCAAGUUUGUCCCAGCAAACAGGUGUGGUGAUCCAGUCCAAUCAGAUACUACAACCCAAAACCCAAAACCCAAAACCAAACCCACCCCCUCAACGUCCAUAUCAAGGCAAGCCAACUGUCCAAGCUCUCUCCUUCACACCUGCCAUCAACUCUCACCGUACUUGGCUCUCACUUCAUCACCAUCUUUCCCAACAUCAUCACCAUCCUUCACAUCAAAUGAACCUCUUGAAGAAGCAAAAGCCAUGGCUGCUUCUGAGGAGUUUCAAGAAGAUGAGGUAUGGUCUGCAGUCAAAGAAGUGAGUCCAAAGAGUAGUACUAGUAGUAAAGCUAGUAGUAACACUAGUAACAAUGUUGUUGUUGUUGUUCAAAGAGUUUCUCAUCAGUCUGCUCCUGUGAACAUCCCUUAUCAUUUGGCCAAAGUUAAUGAUGAUGUGGUUAAUAAGAAUGAAGAUGAUGAUGAUGAUGAUGAUGAUGAGGAGGAGGAUUCUGAGAAGGUGCCUCCUCAUGAAUGGCUUGCUAAGAAGCUUGCAAGGUCUCAGAUUUCUUCUUUCUCUGUUUGUGAAGGUGCUGGCAGGACUUUGAAAGGCAGAGAUUUGAGCAGGGUCAGGAAUGCUGUUCUCACUAGAACUGGUUUCCUGGAAUGAAAAAAAUUUUCAGAGAGUGCU